ACCGAAGAUAAAACUGCAGCGGCAUCAACCUUGUUUCACAGUUUUAGUAUAAUUAAUAGGAAAAUUACAGUAUGGUGAAUGUGAUUUGAAAAUAUUAGGAUGCCAUUUGUGAGAGCACAUGAUAUUGUCAUUAAAAUACAUAACAAUACAACAUAUUGCUCGGGAAGUUUAACAACGAAUUCCUUUUCUAUGAAUGUCUAAAUAUUGCUGUAGAUUGAAGAUAAUUGCUGUAGAGUGAAGAUAACUGACUGUUCGAUAUAAUAGAACUUAUUUGAUCAGGUUAUAUAUACAUUGAAAGUGAUCGACGGAUAUGGAGAACAAUAAUUCGACUCGGAGAAAAUCCUCUAAUAAAGUUGACUCUAAAGAGGUGGAUUACGAGGAGGACCCUAAGCUUAAAUAUAAUUUAGUCUAUGGAGUUUUGGAGAAUCCACCUAUAUAUGUAUCUCUCAGUUUGGCAGUACAGAACAUACUUACGUUAUUGGCCGGAGCAAUGGGUUUUGCAGCUGUGUUAGCUGACCUUGUGUGUGUAGAUGUUACAGACCCUUUAAGAGCUCAACUCUUCUCAACAACAGUAAUUCUCUCAGGAGUUGCUACAGUUGCUCAAACAAGUCUUGGUACACGUCUCCCUGUAUUCCAAGGACCAUCUAUAAGUUAUCUUCCACCAAUGCUUUCCAUCAGCCGAUUAGACAACUGGAAGUGCCCACCAAAGUACCAAACAACUUACAUAAACGGUUCAAUGGUUGAAGCAAAUACCACAAUAAUAUCAAAACAUUUCACCACAGAGUAUCAGCAUAAAAAGCUUAUGAUUUUUUCAGGAAGUUUAGUAUGUGCUUCAUUCUUUGAAGUCGUCGUUGCCUUUUUCGGAAUACCAGGCAUAUUUGGUCGUCUGGUAUCCCCAGUUACUGUCUCUGUGACUCUUAUUACGAUUGGGCUGAGUCUUCUAGAAAUUGCAUUGAAAUACUCUGCACUGGCACCUGCUGUUGCUAUACCAACAGCUGUGUGUGCCUCACUUUUUAUUCUGUAUUUAAACGGAGUCACUCUUAAAUUUCCACCGUGGUCAAAGAAACCAAAAGAGAUUGCUAUCUUUCGAAAUUAUCCUCUACUACUGGCUGUUGGUAUUGGAUGGAUACUCUGUUACAUUUUUACUGUUACCAAUUAUUAUCCAUCGGACCCGAAUUCAAGGAGCUUCAAUGCUCGAACAGACACCAAAAUAGAUUUGAUACAAAGAACACCCUGGUUUUCCUUUCCUUACCCAGGUCAGUAUGGACCACCUAAAUUCCAAAUAGCUAUUUUUCUCGGAUUUCUCCUAUCGACAAUAAAUUCAAUCAUUGAAUCUAUGGGUGAUUACUACGCUGCCUCACAACUAUGUGCCGUACCCCCACCUCCGAGACAUGCAAUUAACCGCGGGCUGUUUUCUGAAGGUCUAGCGGGUGUACUAGCUGGAUUUAUGGGUGCUUCCCACGCAACAACUUCGUACAGCACACACAUUGCCCUUAUUGGUAUAACAAAGGUUGCAAGUCGUAUUGUAUUGAACAUAGCAGGUGUUAUGGUUAUUAUCAUGGCGAUAUUGGGUAAAGUGGCUGCUUCUUUAGCUACAAUUCCAGAUCCUGUAGUGGGAGCCAUCAAUUUCACUGGGCUUACUAUGAUGUUAUCAGUAGGUCUCACCAAUCUGAAAAAGACAGCUUUAAACGCACGCAAUACAUUGAUUAUUGGAUCUGCAUUGGGUUUGAGUUGGGUUUCCUCAUCAUGGCUUUACACAUAUCCAAAUGACAUCAAUACAGGUAAUUUUGAGCUAGAUCAAAUAUUAAAGAUUGUUCUGGGAACUCAAACCUUUGUUGGACCAUUAGCGGCUAUCUUCUUAGACAACACAAUACCAGGUACACUGACUGAACGUGGGAUGCAACAUUUACUACCUGAGACAGAUACCACUGAACCACCAAACUACCAUACUGGUGAAAUUGUUUACGAAUUCCCAAGCAUCCAAAACUUUUUAAACAAACAUCAAUCCGUUUUUGGGAAAUUAGCCAUACUACCACCCAAGAAGGUUAUUGAAGUAGAUGAGGAAACCGAAAAACUUAAAGAUGAAAUUGACAAGACUGAUUCAGUAUAAUGUUACAAUUUGUAUGUAUUGUGAAUAUGUAAUAAUACCCUACCGCAAACAAGCCUGUUUACAAUUAACUAAUUAAAAGGGGUUCAAUCACUUUACUCCGAUACAGAGGAUGAAGAAUUGUUCUUUUGUCAAUACCUACAGACAUUUAGUAACACAUAUGGAAAUGAAGUUCACGACAUGAUUCAAAAAUCAGUAAAGCUCUGAGUGAAAUUAAAAUCUUGAGAAUUUAA